AUGGCUAGCGCCGUGAUCGACCGACGUGGGAUGCUGGCAAAGGGAGUGUUGAUCACAGUCCACGAUCUAUACGGUGGUUCGCUGCCACUUCUUCCAUUAGAGUUGUACCUGCAUGCAGUACGAGGCUUUAACGUCCAGCCGUUCCGUUUUCGACCACGGACGGAAACCCUUGCUACUUCGGGCAAAAAACUGGCUCAGUUCUUAAAGAGCCAAAAGCCACAUACAACAGACGAGGCGAUUAAUUUCGUGACUCAUGGAUACGGGGCAUUAGUGCUACGAGAAGCAUUCCGGACGAUAGAUUGGAACUAUAUCAAAUGCAAAGUAGUGAUGCUUGCACCACCUAAUCGAGGGAUUCGAUACCACAAAUCAAUGAAGAAGUAUCUUGGAGUUGCAGGAUAUGGAGGUGUGGCAGCGGAGGAGUUGGCAAUGCUGAGUGCCGAUACGCUCGACCAACGACUUGGAAAACUUCCACGAAGAUGUUAUCCAUUAGUACUUGCUGGAAAAUUGUGUCUCAAUCCAUUCAAUCAGCACAAUUACCCAAACGACGGCCUUGUGAUGGUUGAAGAAACUUUAAUGCCAGGAGAAGUUCGACACCAGGUGAUCGGUGCACCGCACUACUUAAUGCCAUCGCACCCUACAGUCAUCGAGCGAACACAGUCCUUUAUGGAAACUUGA